CAUCUACCGUCAGUAGUCAGUACCUGCCAUAUUCACCUUGUGACUUGUGUCUGCUGUUUCCAAUCCAAGUUCAGCCUUUUCCCAACAAAGUUCGCUUAUGCUUUCCAUUUUUGUGUUCAUUUUCAAGUAUCUUCCAAGUUUUCGAAAAAAAGGUGAUGAUGGAGAGGUGCGGGACUUCAUGGAGUCGAUCGUGGAGGGGCUGGUGGGGGACGGGCUCGACAAUGUCUGUCUGAGGCCAGUCAGCAAUCAUCCCAACUAUAUUAAAUUCUGUGAUGAAUUCCAUGAUCCACUAGCUCUGAUUUUGGCCAAAUUUUCUGUUUCGCUGCAUAUGGCAAUAACAGAUAAGCCGAUUUCUCUAUCUGAUUCACCCUCAUUCAUACAUGGAGAGCUCAAGGAACUCAUCAAGCAAAUCAUGAGAGAAGCUACGAAUCUGCCUUCUUUUCAUGUCUUUUCGAAUGGAUCACUGGAGAAGUCAAUUGAAAAUGAAGCAGGAGAGCUGGAGAAGAGGAGCUACGAAGAUAUUCUGGCAACAGCUAUCCUCAAUAAGGUAGAAUCUACUUUCCAAAAUAGUGACAUAAAAUAACUUAAUUAAAAGUUC